CGCACGACCACAAUUACUGCUGACCGAAUGCCUCCUCUAUGUGCAUCGAACGCGAGCUGUACAGUUUACUCGGAUCGAACAGCAAUGCAUUUGAUAAAAUUGUAAAAGUAGUGUAGUCACACGCACAUUUCGUACCCGUCGUUUUUUGAAUCGUGAAAGGACGCGUUCGGUAAAUGUCGCUGUUUUGGUGCAAAUAAUCACGAUCGUUCUGAGGUGCGUCGUUUGUGAUAUCGCGCGCGCGCUGCGCUUCCUUUCUUUCCGCGUUUGUGCGUACACCACCGACGGCUGUCAUCGGUGAAACGGUAUUAGGAGCUGUGUGUGGUUUUUUUUUUACGUUCAAUGUGGUCCGUGAUUUGCAAAUGAAGAUGUUUCCCGCGACGCUCAUUUCUCGCCUGAAGUCGAUGCUAAGCGACAUCGGGCACGGCGGACGCACCGACAGCAACAACGACCCACCGAUGGAAGAGGUUUCUACCCACAGUAAUAGACCGGCACGGCCGACACCAUGCAAUUCCGUGACAGGCGUACAGUUGCAGAACGGUGCGCACGGUGCAGUGCCCCGGUCGAUGGCAAGCGUGCGCCGUCUGAGUGAAAUUACCGACAUGCCAAGGGUAAAUCUGUACUCACCACCAUUCCAUCUACCGGACCGGUUCGGAAUGUCAGAAGCACGACCACUGGCACGGCGCAGCGAACAAAGCCGUCCUCCGCAGUUAAUCCCAAUAAAGUGCGUCCCGUCGCGAGCAUCGGGCUUUGGUCAACGAGGUGCAGAUGGUGGGUCAGGCAUCGGCCUGAAGCCACCUUUCGGUGGGUCCAGUUCCGGUUUGUUCAGGCAAAGCGUGCCGCAGUCGUCGGGAGCCAAUGUGAGCGCCGGUAACGUUUCCUUGCUGUCCAACGAGUUCAGGAAUCUGCUGCGCUCCAAGCACGGCAUCACCCCGACGACGUGGUCCGACGAUAAAGCCGCACUGGACCAAGAGCUAGACGCACACCGCGAAGCGACAAAGAAGUAUGAAUCGCUGAUGCAAAAGUUUAUCCCCAUCAUGAACGAGCCGCCCAAGCGGAUCGCAUACGAUCGGUAUACGCGGAAAACCAUCAAUGGAGAUGUGUCGCGAUCGACCGUGCAAAAGCUGACUCCGAUGGCAGAGCUGACCGAUGAUGACGGCGACGACGACAAUCAGGACGACAGCGACGACUGUGUGGAGGUGGAGGUGACACACAGCAAAAGUGGCCGUUUGUUUACGCCACUCGAUUCGAUGUUGACGCUGGCGCUGGAGAAUGCGAACGACUCGAAGCAAUCGUUGUCAUCGACCAGCCAGCCGCCGGAACCGGUCAACUCGGUGAAGGAGCGGUUCGAGACGAAACAGGUCUUCCGGGACGACAUCAUCCAGGACGUGCAGCAGCGCUACGGUACCCUGUUCAGCCAGCGCAAAACGUUGAUCGAGCAGGAGAAGAAUCGUCUAGGCAGCCUGCGGCAAACCACGCACGUGCAGGAGAAUGAGGCGCGCAACAAGAUGCUCAACUACGUAUGCUCCUUCUACAAGUUCGAUGUGCUGAACGAGUCGGAGCUGAAGGAGUCUACGCCCGAGCCAGAAGAUGUGCCGUUGCCGGAGCUGACGAAGGAACAGCUCGACCAGAUGCAUCGAAAGCUGCGUGCCGGCAACCAGGUGGUGAUGGAGAAGUUUAACCUGCAGAUCACCGGUAACGAUCUCGUGACGUUGCAAGACCUGAACUGGCUAAACGACGCGGUCAUCAACUUCUACAUGGAGCUGCUGCGAGAGCGUAGCGAGCAGAAGCACGGCCAGGGCCUGCCGAAGGUCUACACGAUGAACACGUUCUUUCUGCCGCAGCUGCUGAAGAUCGGUUACUCGGGUGUGCGCCGCUGGACGCGCAAGGUGGACCUGCUGGCGAACGAUAUGAUCGUGGUGCCGGUGCACGUGGGCGGCAUCCACUGGUGCAUGUCCACGAUCGAUCUGCGGCGGAAAACCAUCCACUACUACGACUCGAUGGGUUCGCCGAACAAUGCCGUGCUGAACGCGCUGGAAGAGUAUCUGUGUCAGGAGUCGAUGGACAAGCGCAAAAUGCCGUUCGACAAGAGCGGCCUGACCAAGCAGAACAUACGCGACUGUCCGCGCCAGAAGAAUGGGAGCGAUUGUGGUGUAUUUAGCUGUAUGUUUGCCGAGUUCUUAACGCGCGACCACCCCAUCACGUUCGAUCAGUCCAACAUGCCGUACUUUCGGAAAAAGAUGACCGUGGAGAUAAUGUCGGGCAAGCUGCUCACGUAAUCCGCCCGUGGGCCUAUAAUCGAAGAAAGCUAUGCAAAUUGAAUAAAGCGACCCAGCACUCAUCCCAACACACAA